AUGACGUCAAGCCUUAUGAAAUUCUUGGUCUUAAUGUCUUUGCCAACAUUUAUAUACUCUAUGUCUAUUUCCGAGGGUACUGAGCCGCUUCUGAUGGCCGACGCAGCAUUGUCCGAAGACAUGGCGCAGUACCAUCUUCAAGGUUUGGAGCCCGAAGACUCCGCACUUGAGACACGGAGGAAGUACAAAGUUUCCGGCUGCUGGUGCAUCAUGCGAUGCUGUUGGAGAAACCAUCAUGCCAAGUAUACUACGAAAACGAAAAUGUCCGGUACAUUUACUGGAUACGCCGGUCCAAACAACGAACUCUUUUACCGAUAUCUUUCUCUUGAUAUAAUGUGUGACACAACCGGCGAACGGGAAGCUAUCGCUGGCGCAAUCGAACAUCACAUCAAGAAACACGGCUCAAAGGUUUGCGGUACCGAAUGUUUGCAUCUGACCCCCCAAGAUGGACCGUGGAAUGGGUAUCUUGCCAUCGGGCCUGCGGAGUCUUUCGACCAUGAAGCAUACUGUGGACCAAAGCUCAGCUUUAAGCACUGUGAUUAA